AUGCCUAACAGGAAGGCAGGAGCUGAUUCACGGGACUCUGUGUUCUGUGUGAGACUGAAACAGAAGCAGCUGUUUGUAGGAGGAUCCUUGUGCAUCAGCACCUGUGCAGGCAGCUGUGAGCAGGCCGUCCUGCCUGUGUCUGUAUGGGUGGGAAUGGCAGCAUCAGCUGUUGGUGGGAAUCACUUACACACAACAUGGAAACACAUUGUGAUCAUUGUUACAACGCUCCUGUUCUUAAGUGCUCCUUCAGUAUGUGCACAGUGUCGAAUCUUGCGAUGCAACUCCGAUUUCGUGGCUGCGACUAUUGAAAUAGGUGUCAUUGGAGGAGGGGGUAAGGAUGGAGCUAAUGCUGUCUACUGCAGCGCCCUGAGGUCCUACGCGCUCUGCACCCAGCGGACGGCCCGAGCGUGCCGUGGAGACCUGGCCUACCACUCUGCUGUGCAGGGCAUCGAGGACCUGCUCAUCCAACACCGCUGCCCCAAAACAGGCCCCACGGCUCAGCCGCGGCCCCUGCCCCAGGCCCCUCUCUCAAGGGAUGGAUGCUUCUAUGAGAAGGGGUUUAUGCAGAGGGAGGGCCGGGCUCCAGAGUACCUGCACUGUGGGGUGUUUGGAGACCCUCAUAUCCGCACCUUUAAUGAAGAGUUCCAGACGUGUGCUGUGCAGGGCGCCUGGCCUCUCAUAGACAACCAGUACCUGUACAUCCAGGCCACCAGCACACCCACUAGAGGGAGCUCUUACACUACCAUACUCACAAAGGUGUGGACACCUUUAUCCUCUUGGAUAAGUCUCACAUAAUUAAUAUAACAGUCACCUUAUAGUUUAUUAAGUAAUAAUAUGUAUUUGUAUAGUAAUAAUAAUUACUAUUUCUCAGAAAUGAGUGGUAUGUUACUUAUUUUAAAUAGAAAACUGGGUGGACUUCAUUG